AUAUUAAUUUUAGAAUUUUUUAUCUCAACAGUCGACAUGAAGGAAAUCAAGGAAGAGAAUAAUAGUAACAAUAUCAGUAGCAGCAAUAAUGAAAUGAAAAAACGCUCUAUGAAGUGGACUGCCGUUCUAUUUUAUAUCUAUCUUCACGUUUUUGGAGUUGUUGGAUUAUAUUUUCUAUUUAUCAAAGUGAAAUGGAUGACGGUAUUCUACUUUAUAUUUCUCGUCACAAGUAGUUCCAUUGGACUAACCGCGGGUGCUCAUAGAUUGUAUGCACAUCAAACAUUUGUUGCCACAUCGCAACUCAGAUUGUUCAUAAUGCUUGCACAUACUAUCGCAGGCGUGGGUUCGAUAUACAACUGGGUAUUUUGGCACAGAAUGCAUCAUAAAUAUUACGGUACUGAAAAAGAUCCGUAUAAUCAUAAGAGAGGUUUCUUUUAUUCUCACGUGGUCAGUAAUCUCUUGUCAGCACCUUCUGAUUUGAAAAAAUACGCGAGAGACAUUGAUAUGCGCGAUGUGGACAUGGAUGGAUAUAUUUGGACACAACAAAAGUUCUACUGGAUACUUUUCAUCGUGCUUGGAUUUCUGUUGCCUAUCCACGUGGCUGUAGUAUAUUUGGAUGAAUCAUAUACAAAUUCGUUUUUGAUUAUUGGCGCAGCACGAUUACUAUUAACAACAAAUAUUUCUUGGCUUGUGAACAGCGCCUUGCUGGUCUGGGGCCUGAAGGAAGGGGACAAAUUUCCGGUUGACGACAAUUCUGUUUUUUUCCUGUCGAAGUCUUACUGGUUAAAUUACCAUUACAUGUUGCCAUGGGACUGGAAGAAUGAUGAAUUUGGGGCUUACGAAACAGGAUUCAUCACAUUCACUAUCAAAAUAUGGCGCGAGCUUGGUCUUAUUAAUCAAUUGAGGACUGCUACCUGCAAUGAUGUGCGAGAAGCUCUUUACAAAGUAGCCUCAUCGGAGAUGACAAUGGAUGAAGCUUUGGCGGAGGUAAAACGGAAUGCAGAAGAAACCGCUUAUAAAGAGAAAUUGAUAUAUCGUCAUUAGAAAAAUUAAUUUACAAAGAAAUCAAAUGCAAUUUAAUGUAUUAUAUAUACAGGUUAUCCCAAAA